AUGCUCGCAUCGUGUCCAUGCCGAAUUCCCACCUGCUUUCGCACCUCUCUCUCUCUCUCUCUCCGAGUAACCCACACUCCCCCUCCAUACCGAACCGACCACUGGGAGACGGCCCUUGGGUUUGCUGCGCCUCAAGCUGCUGCUUCUGCUUUGCUUCGCUUUUUUGCUUUCACGUCCCAAAGUUCGCCGACGGAAACAUGCUCUCCAGCGCUAGUAGACAAGCCGCACCAUCUCCAUGAUCCAUCUGGCGACUUUCUAGCGCGUUCCUCUGCUAUGCCCUUCCCAGUUAGCCAUCCGCUGAAUGUGUGGCUGGUUUCUCCUCGGGCGCUGGCACAGGGCCCCGUUGCCUCUGUUACCUUCGCCUCCCUGGCGCCGUCGCAGUUGCUGCUGUUGGUGAUUCUGCCGCUGGUCUCACUCUCGCGGCUGCUUUCGCUGCUUGUCUCCUUCGGGGAUGGCUUCGUUACCUUUGCUGUCCCCUGCUACCGGCCCAUCAUCGCAUCACUGCAUCGCGCCGCUGAUGCCAUGCCAUGCCAUGCCAUGCUGCUCCAUUAUCGCUCCGUAUAG